AUGGCGGCUCCGGGGGCGGGAGCAGCAACGGCCCUUCAGGCAGGGAUCGGAGGCGGCGGCGAAUCCGGGGAAAGCCACGACGGCGGCCCGAGAGGCCUCCCAGAGUGGCCCCACAGCUCCGAGGCCGAGCGCCGGCGCUUCCGCAACUGUAGUUACCGGGAGGACGAGGGGCCCCGGGCGCUCUGCAGCCGCCUGCGCCGGCUGUGCCGCGGGUGGCUGCGGCCCGAGCGGAGCGGCAAAGCCGAGAUGGUGGACCGGGUGGUGCUGGAGCAGCUGCUGGCCCUGCUGCCCCCGGAUCUGGCGGGCUGGCUGCGGGAGUGCGGGGCGGAGAGCUGCGCCCAGGCGGUGGCCCUGGCCGAGGGCUUCCUGCUCGGCCCGACCUCCACCCAGGAAUUCGGGAAGGGGCGGCAGGACUCAGAUCCCUUUGAGGAGGUGGCUGUGGACUUCACAGAGGCGGAGUGGUCACUUCUGGAUUCUGGCCAGAAGGCCUUGUGCAUGGAAAUCAUGCUGGAGGUUUCUAGGAAUAUGGCCGCUCUGGGUGAUGGUGAUGGGCUGGAGAAUGAGAAUGACAAGCAGCUGAGGUCAUUGACACUACAAAGUGAAAUGUCUGCAAAGAACCAUUCCAUAUCUUUUACUUCAUUUAAAAUACUGCAUAGGAAAUUCACUGAGAGCACUGAUAUUACUUCCCAUCAAAGAAUUCACACAGGGGACAAACCAUAUAAAUGCCUUGAGUGUGGAGAAAGCUUUCAUGGAAACAUAGAUCUUAUUUGGCAUGAAAGGAUCCACACUGGGGAGAGACCAUAUAAAUGUAUACAAUGUGGAAAUGCAUUUACUCAGAAAAGUGGUCUUAUUAAUCAUGAAAGAAUCCAUACAGGAGAGAAACCAUUUCAAUGUACAGAAUGUGGAAAGAGCUUCACUCAGAAAGGACAACUUAAUGUUCAUGUUAGAAUCCACACAGGGCAGAGACCACAUAAAUGCACAGAAUGUGGAAGGUGCUUUGCUCAGAAAGGACAACUUAAUUUUCAUGAGAGAAUCCACAUUGGGGAGAGACCAUAUAAAUGUAUACAAUGUGGAAAUGCGUUUACUCAGAAAAGUGGUCUUAUUAAUCAUGAAAGAAUCCAUACAGGAGAGAAACCAUUUCAAUGUACAGAAUGUGGAAAGCGCUUCACUCAGAAAGGACAACUUAAUGUUCAUGUUAAAAUCCACACAGGGCAGAAAUUGUAUAAAUGCUUGGAGUGUGGAAAAAGCUUUUAUGGAAACAGAGAUCUUAUUUGUCACGAAAGAAUCCACACUGGGGAGAGACCAUAUAAAUGUAUACAAUGUGGAAAUGCGUUUACUCAGAAAAGUGGACUUAUUAAUCAUGAAAGAAUCCAUACAGGAGAGAAACCAUUUCAAUGUACAGAAUGUGGAAAGCGCUUCACUCAGAAAGGACAACUUAAUGUUCAUGUUAAAAUCCACACAGGGCAGAAAUUGUAUAAAUGCUUGGAGUGUGGAAAAAGCUUUCAUGGAAACAGAGAUCUUAUUUGUCAUGAAAGGAUCCACACUGGAAAGAGACCAUAUAAAUGUAUACAAUGUGGAAAUGCGUUUACUCAGAAAUGUGGUCUUAUUAAUCAUGAAAGAAUCCAUACAGGAGAGAAACAAUUUCAAUGUACAGAAUGUUGAAAGAGCUUUGCUCAGAAAGGACAAUGUUCAUAUCUUAUUUGUCGUGAAAGGAUCCACACUGGGGAGAGACCAUACAAGUGCAUGGAGUGUGGAAAGCAAUUUACUUGGAAAAUUUAUCUUAUUAAUCAUAAAAGAAUUCAUACAAGGGAAAAUAAAUAA